AUGUCUGAACUUUCCUUUGCAGAAUUCUCGCAAUCAUUUUCUCCACCAACCCUCGUACCGACUUUGAAUGCGCUUCUCGCCGGCCUAUCCCUCCCGUUCGUGCUCACCUCCCCGACGGAUUUAGCGCCUUCUCUACUCCUUGCAAUCCUAGAGUCUGUCCUCGAGUCCCGCCUCCCUAUCCCAUCUUCAAUACGCGCCUCUCGCUCAUCUCUUGCAAAAGUAGAAGCGAUGAAGGUUUUUCUCGGCGUACUCGAGUGCGACGUCCUUCCAGCAGACGAGGACAUCGGCCUCGCAGACCUUGAUCCACGGAGACUAGCAGAUGGAUGUUGGGAAGAGACAGUUUUCGUCGGUGAGCUGCUUUGCUGGCUUGGGAGGAAACGAGGGAUCGUCGAGGAAUUGGCCGGUGAUGAUAGCGAGGGCGAGAUAGAUCUCACGACUUCGACGCUGUUGCGUCCAGAACCUUCCUAUAACAUGGAAUUGUCGCAUAUCACAGACAUCCCGCGACAUCCACGUGUUGCUUCUCCCUCCACGCGGUCGACUGCCACCAUGAGCGCGCAGACCGAUCUAUCCAUGCAUAACGCUUCACAUAUGGAGUCUGACACGAGCAUGGCAGAUUCUGAACUCUCAGAUCGUACAGAGACGCAGCCACUCCACGACAGUGGUAUAUACCACCAGCCACAUUGUAUUCACGAGCUCGACGACCCAUCAUAUUUCCUCGAGCGCGAUGCUUCUUAUGCAUCCAAUAUCGAUGAUUCGAUGGAAGGCUUAGAUCCUGACUGCUCUACCCAAUCGACCUCCUCAGGAGAACAGCCCCCAACUCCUACGCCUCAGCCCAUCCGUCUGAAAGGCUGGAUUGGCGUUGUCGAUUCUGAACUUGAAAUGAAAGCUUUUGCAGCGAACAAGUGUAAUACGAGCACGCCUGUCAAGCCCAAGAGUCGGUGGCGGAGUUCUGGUCUUUAUCCCGUAUCAAGUGGGAAUUCUACGCCUCGCAUGCCCAUGACGUCGAUGCGCAUUCCUGCUAAUUAUUGUUCUCCCACAGAACGCACGGUUGCACUUUUAAACGAGCGAGCGAAACUCCUCAGUGAGCUCGCUAAUCUGCGUAGGAUCAGACAAGCCAGUCGAUAA